AUGGCUACUGAAGUUAUUAAUAAUGUACCCGAAAAUACUGAAAAGGAGAAGGAAGUAAAAGACGACGCCGCGCCAGAUAAUGGGCAAACAAAAGAAGCUCCACCCGAAGGGGAAAAAGCUGAAGGGAAAGUAGAAGAAAAAAAGGCUGAAGCGGCACAGCCCAAACCUAAUGUUCACAAAAUUAAUUUCGAAAAAGAUAUCGUUUAUUUGUACCAGUUUCCACGAACGCCUUUGUUGCCGUCAACUUCGCCCUACUGCUUGAAACUUGAAACAUGGCUCCGUCUAGCCGGCAUUAAAUACGAAAACGUCGAUCACAAGGCAAAAUUCCGCUCCAAAAAGGGCCAGCUUCCAUUCGUUGAAUUGAAUGGAGAAGAAAUUGCUGAUAGCACCUUCAUCAUCAAGGAGCUCUCGGAGAAAUUCACUAAAGAUUUGGACGCCGGUCUGACCCCCGAUCAGCGGGUGGUCGCCCACGCCAUGGCGUCUAUGAUCGAGAACCAUCUUUCUUGGGUGAUUUUCUGGUGGCGUGCCAAAUACCCCGACAGCAUGAUCAAGGGUUACCAGGUUAACCUACAGAACGCUCUAAACACGCGCCUGCCGAACCCUAUUCUGAACUUCUGUUACAAGUUCUCCCUUGGACGUAAGGGGAUGAAGAAGGCGAAGGCCCAUGGGAUCGGCGUUCACAGCCAAGACGAGAUCAUCGAACUCGGCAAGAACGAUCUUCGCGUACUCUCCGAUCUGCUCUCCGAUAAGCCGUACUUCUUCGGAGACGAGCCCACCAUUCUGGAUGUAGUUGCUUUCGCCAACUUGGCCCAGUUGCACUUCAUCGACAAGGAGGUGCAGCACGCCCUGCGGGACGCUCUAGCCGAGUCCUUCCCCAACCUCGUAGGACUUGUCACACGCAUCAAGGAGCGAGCCUAUCCUGAUUGGGACGAACUCUGGUCCUCCACCGAAAAGAGCGCCAAGGAACCAGAGAAGCCUGCUGAUGAUGCUGAGAAGGGCAAGGGCGACGAGCAAGAGAAGGAGCUAGAGAAAGAGCCGGAAGAGAAAGAGAAGGAGAAGGAGGAAAAGGAGAAAGAGAAGGAAAAGGAGAAAGAGAAGGAGAAGGAGAAAGAAAAGUAA